AUGGCUAAAACUAACGGUUUCAUUGGUUUCUUCUCUUCUGAUUAUAAUACCUUUAUUUCUCUCGUCUUCACAACGCCACUCGCAACAACUCUACUAUGUCUCUCUCUAAACGAAACACUCUUCUCUGGCGGGUUUCUCAAAUUCGUCGAUGAGAACCGCCCAUCGGUCCAAUUCGCUGUUCAAAUCAUUGCCAACUUCAUGUCUUCUCUCCAGGUCAUUACCAUCUGUAGAGUCAUCAACCUCGGGGUUCGGAGACGGCUCAAAACGAAAAGUAUGAGCAUGAACCAGAUGCGCGCAUGGAUGGAUGCUAUGAUACCAAGAGUCAACUGGGACUUGCCGAUAGGAUACAUCUUUCUGUUGGGUCUUUUUGUAUCUGUGUCUAUGGUGCUGAGCGCUAUAUGGGCUGCUGCUAUGACGCCCGUUGAGAAGUCGGAGCUCAUCAAAGGCACUGUUCAGGUUCCAGCCUGGGAUAACGUCACUUUCGUCAGAGAAUAUCCUUCAGAAGUUAAAUCAGAGGGUCCCGGGAAACACACUGCCCUGGGUAAGUUUACGUAUUCUGUGGGCAUCCAGAUGCUGGGAAGUCUUCUCGCUGGUGCAGCUUCGGCAUCGCCUAUCCACAACUCGACACGCAACCACGAGAAGCUGGACAGAACUGGCUACAGCUACGUCGGGCGAUCAUACGGGGUUGGUUCCUCUCCCGGACUCGGUGAAGUUCACUACAAAACUGGACGUAGCGUGCUGGGAUGGAAAUACCAAGAGUUGGGAUAUCACGCCAAAGUCAAUUGCAUCUACAACAAGACAGCCGACUUCAGACUCCAAACCGAGGGGGACAUUCGCUGGGCUGCGCGUGGGGAACUUCCAGACAGUGACGACGGAUACGAAUAUUCAAACUAUAUCGGCUUUGGAGACGGUAACGCUGUCGUGGCGAUGGGAGUUGCGCACUUCAAGGACAAAGAUGUGGAUGUCGCCCCUGUGAGGAAGUACAUCGGCUUCGCAGCUGGAGAAUUCUAUAAGUUUCUGCACAAGGCGCAGUGCGAAGUGAACUUUGAACCAACACGAUUUAAUAUCACGGUUAGCAGUCGGGGCAAGAACAUCACCGUCGUGCCAACGAAUGAUACCGACGUUCCUGAUAUCGAUCCAUCUCGUUGGCUAAAGGGUACUCUGCUCCGGCAGUUUGAGCUGAUCGCUAACGAUGAGACAAAUCUGUACGUGUCAACUGUUGGCACGGCUUUCAACACUUCUAUCGCCGACCAUCGUCUUCGUCUCGAGAUGAACAACACUCUAAGUUCCAGGUCGAGCAAGAACGUCACCCUCGAAGGCAUCGAGAACGCAAUUACUGCCAUGGUGGACGACAUGCUGGUCGCAUAUUCCUCAGCGCAAAUCAUGGUCGGUGAUUUCAAAGAUGAAGCUCAAGGCUUCGUCCGCGUCACAGCCAUCAGGAUUGGCGAGAAGAAAUUCGCCUUCGCUGCUUUCGCGCUCAACAUGGUCGUCGUCGCUCUCUUCAUCCUCGAAGCCAUCCGCACUAGAGGGUGGAAGGGCAUGACGGAGUUUGACCCCUCGGACAUCCGCCACGUUAUGAUUGCAGCGUCUGAAGGCGGUGCAAGUCUUGCGCACGUAGGCUUUUCCAAUAGUGAUAAGCUAGGCAAGAUAAAGUUGAGGGUGGGAGAGACGAGCAGUGGGAGAUAUACGCUUGCGGUGGACGGCGAGGUAUCUCCUACUGUGGUGUAUGAGAACAUUAGGACGGGGGGCGAUGCGAAUAGUGAGAGAUAUAAGGGCUCUAAUGUCGAGCUUAUCACGAGUAAUAGGUCAAGGGAUAGUAUGAUAUGA